AUGGUGGAUGGAAGACUGCAGGAUGGGGAAGACUGGAAAGGAAACGGGAGCAAUCACGAACCUGUCGCGACGAGCGAGGACCCGGUCUGGCGACGCGAAUACACAGCAGCAACAUUGACUGGGACCGGCCAUGGGCAGCUGCGGAUCAGCCAAACCAACCUGUUCAUGGUCGGGCGCCUCCAGCCGCACGAACUCCGCGUCAGGGGUGGUGAUCUCUUCCGACUGGACAGCCCCUCGACGUCAAGAUGGCCGUGCGCCAUCUCUGCUUAUCAUCACAAACAGCGUACGCCAUUAAAUUUGCGAUGGGUUACGCUCGCCUGGACCGAAACCGAACCAGUCAGAGAAACUCGUAUCGGUGUUGAUGAGAAUUAG